ACACACUACAGCUACACAUCAAUUUCAGGUAAAAUGGAUUCCUUUAGAGAACUUAGAGAGCUAUGAGGUAACCAGGGCAGAGAAGAAGAAGAGGAGGGGGUUAUAUCCGUAGAGCCUAUCACGAUGAUAGUGCCGCCGACGCUGUAAGACAUGCCGAAAACGUUAACGCAUGAGAGCAACGCCAGUUCGAGCGCUAGGGACAACGGGGGCGACCACCAGACUUCAUCGUCCAGCAGCUCGUCCUCUAAGGAGACACCCAGUCGCGAGGAAUGGACAGGGAAUGUGGUUAGCAAUGUCUCAGAUCUGCCUGUGAUUGGAGAAUGGGAAAGCAAGACAAUCAUGGGUAGGUUGAGCAAUCUACGAAAGGCGCCCAAAGACCUGCCCGCUGGAUUUAGAUUCAAGGCAGCGCUUCAUCAUGAAGUAGCAGAUAGUGUGCCCUCAAUAAGUGGGUAUAGGAAACUGGAGGAGAUGGUGAGGGCGUACCACAUUCCCAGGACGAUAUUGUUCCGGACUGGCGCGCAGAAUGAAAGGGCGUGCACGGUGUCACAGACGGGCUGGAUACCAGUGUACGUGGACUAUUUUGAAGCCGGCCUACGAUUUCCCCUGCCCGGGCUAAUAUUCGACUUGCUAGCGGAUUACGAGCUGGCUCUGACGCAGCUGAUGCCCAACAGCAUAAGGUUCAUCAUAGGCUUUAUGCUGUUGUGUGAGAGGUUGGAGGUGCCGGCGAAGGCGAUAAUGUUCAGGUCGCUGUUCCAAUGCCGGCUGUGUCCCAACUCCCGAGGCACGAAGUGGUAUUACCUCUCCGGGAGAGAGAAGAGCCAGCUGUUCAAGAAUGUCAGGAACAAAGUGGCAAGGUGGAAGAGGCAAUUCAUCUUUGUUCGCGAUACGCGAAUAGAGAGAAUAAGCAACGACCUCGCUGCUCGGCUAUCUGAGUGGCGUGUGCCGAAUGCACACGUCAAUUACCCUCAACUGCUGCCAAGGGACACGGAUCUCAAGAAUCAACUACUAGAACAUGCGAGGAGGGACAAUUUGAUAGACCUAGAGGCCCUAGUUACCUCGGAGCAGCUCACCGUAUUCGGGUUUGUCAACGUGGCGAACCUAUUCACAGCAGCAUACUCGAACGCCAGUGUCAGCGAGCCCAGGGCUCACGAGGUCGUGGAGCGGGCAGCACUUCGCACAGACAGACACGAUUCGACGAGCAGCCACCUCCAACACCACAAUCACGGAGCUCGUAGCACCGUGGCUCCAGCUCGGCGUCAAGGCCUCGCGCCGAGCAGCGGGUUGAAACUGCGGCCCCUAGUACGCGCAAGCGUGCACGCGAGGAGACUGUUAGUGAAGAUGAGGUCCCCCUCAUGCGGCGCAGAACGAGUGGGGGGACUCAACCCGCGCAGGCGGCUCAACUUGCGGUCGCGCGCUCGUCAAACGCUCCAUCAGCCACGAUGCGAGCAACAGCGAAGCCCGCAUCUGCGUCGGCCUCAGUGUCGGCGCCCAGGAUCGCGCAUGCAAAGCUUUGUGCCUCCCGUGGCUCGUCAGCAGGCAAGGACUUUCGUGCAGCAGCAUGGCGGGCAGGUCGCCAUGGUCAAGCUGAUGGACGCGUUCAGCUACGCGGUGGCGCUGUUCGAGAGUGAGCAGGGGGCUCGCUCUCAGAAUAACGAGCUCAGCACCAACUGCAAACAGUUGGCCGCAGAAAAGGCCAGCCUUGUGGAUGAUGCGGCGAAGGAGGAGGCCGCCCGGGUUGAGGAACGGGCCAAGAAGGCUGAGGCUGAAAGGGACCGUGCUCUGAACGAGUUGGGUUCUCUAAGGCACCAGGUCGCCGAGGCCGACAAGAACCUCAACGUAGCUGAAGGGGCCCUGAACGAACUGAACAUUUCUCACGGGCGCUCUGUAAGUAUCGCCCGAGCUCAAGGGGCAGAAUGGCUGGUAGGCUCGGCCGCAUUUCAAGACGCUGUGGCGGUGGCGUCUCAAAUGGAAUCAUACUCAACAAGCAUAUGUAUCAAAGAGUGAGCACACAUAAACCAAUAAUUAAUAGUCAUGCUAAUGUAAUUAUACUCAAUGAAUAAAUGCAAUAAAAUAAAUAAUACCAAUUUGAGCACAUGAGCGGAGCAUUCAAAAACAAAUUUCCUUUGCACUUCCACUCCAACAUUCUUGUUGAGGCAUAAGUCUUUUUAAGAUCUACUUUGCUUUUCUUAUGACUUUGCCAUCAACUUUUCCUACAAAACAAAAUUAAGCUUUGAUUUUUGGUACCCAAAUUUGCUUGGGUCCAUGGGGGUUAGUACUUAAAGUUCCUUUUGGAACCCAAAUUUGCUUCACUUUACCUUGAGCUAUCAAUCUCUUCAAAGGACAUACGAAAGCAAAGUGUCCAUUUGCACCACAACAAUAGCAAGUAACAUUAACAUGAUAGGAUUGACUUGCUCUUACAAAGGUAAUCUUAAAAGUCUUUUGCUUUUUAGAAUAAUCAAAUCCAAUGCCCCCUUUGUCAUAAACAUUUCUUUGAGAUUUUAAGAUAGAAUCAAAUUUUUCUUUACUCAAAGUAAAUUUGGAAAUUACAU